AUGGGCACGAGCAUGCAUUCCAUGCCAGAAAUCAAAGGUAACGCGGCACAAUAUAACAUCCACGGGAGCAUUCAUCCAUCAUCCUACACAACGAUUUCACAUACACGCGGACAUCGUAGAACCUCUACCAAUAUCAGAGGACUAUCGAUAUUGCCUUACGAUGGUGGACAGAUUUAUGUGCUGGGCAGAAGUCAUCCAAUACUAGACAUCACAGCAGAAACAAUCGCCAAAAACAUAUUCUCCGGAUGGAUAGCUCGAUUCGGCACACCAGCUCGGAUUACAACGGAUCAAGGUCAACAGUUCGAGGCUGAACUCUUCAGGAGAAGAGUCGACCUUACAAAAUUUACAGGAACCAAGCACAUCCGAAUUACCGCAUAUCACCCUGAAGAAUCACUAGGGAUCACUAGGGCAACAUGGAAAGAAGACAUCAAGUCCACACCAGCCGAGACAGUCUACGGAAAACCAAUCCGACUACAGUUGGACGACCAAAAGCCAACAGAAAAGGGACAGAAUCACGACUUCUUGGAAAGAUUGAAGAUGGCGAUGGAGAAACUCCGAUCAACCCUGAAGCGACACGGACAGAGAACCACUUUUACAUUCAAGGACAUGAACACCACAACACAUGUGUUCGUCAGAUACGAUGCACCAAGUGGAACUCUCUACCCACCGUAUGACGGAUCAUACAAGGUCAUCAGCAAGGGAAAAAAGGCCUAUAAACUAAUUAGAGGCCAAAAAGUCCAUAUUUCAAUAGAUUGGCUAAAACCAGCCUAUCUACUCAGUGAAGAAACAAGAAAGGAGACAAUCACAGAAAACAACACAUACAAUCACAAGAUCCGGACAAACAGUGCGGCAACCAAUUCAAUUCGCACCAACAUAAAGAGGACCUUCACACAAGCAGGGAGGUCCUGUGGCGUUUUAUCAUACGCCACAAAAAGCAUACUAGCAUGUAACGGCUAG